AUGUCUACACAGCGAGUUUUUGUGAUCGGUUGUGGAAUGACAAAGUUCGAAAAGCCGGGAAGACGAGAGGACUUUGACUAUCCUGACAUGGCUAAAGAGGCUGUAACAAAAGCACUAAAGGAUGCUAAAAUUGAAUAUAAAGAAGUUAAGCAGGCUGUUGUUGGAUAUUGCUAUGGUGAAUCAUGUUCUGGUCAAAGAGCACUUUAUCAAAUGGGUAUGACAGGCAUUCCAAUCUACAAUGUCAACAAUAACUGUUCAACUGGUGCAUCUGCACUCAUUCUUGCCAAACAGUUAAUUGAAACCGGCAAAAAUGAUUGUGUUUUGGCUCUCGGUUUUGAAAAGAUGGAAAGAGGAUCAUUAGGAACUAAGUGGAAUGAUAGAACAGUUCCAUUAGAUAAGCAUUUCGAGUUGAUGAUUGAUAUGGAAGGGAUGUCCACAGCCCCACCGGCAUCACAGCUUUUUGGUAAUGCUGGGGAAGAGCAUAUGAAGAAGUAUGGAUCAAAGCCUGAACAUUUCGCUAAAAUCGCGUACAAAAAUCACAAACAUUCCGUCAAUAAUCCAUACUCACAGUUCCAAGAUGAAUACACAUUGGAACAAAUUAAAGCAUCGCCUCAGGUCCAUCGAGUGCUCACAAAACUUCAAUGCUGUCCAACUUCCGAUGGCUCAGCAUGUUGCAUCGUUGCAAGUGAGAAUUUUGUUCGUAAACACAAACUUGAAUCACAAGCAGUUGAAAUUGUUGCAAUGGAAAUGAAUACUGAUUUUGAAUCGACAUUCAAUGAAAAAAGUAGCAUCAAAUUAGUCGGAUAUGAUCUGACAAAAGUUGCAGCACAAAAAGUGUUUGCUCAGACAAAUUAUAAGCCACAAGAUGUUGAUGUUGUUGAACUUCAUGAUUGUUUUUCAGCUAAUGAAUUGAUUACUUAUGAGGCACUUGGCUUGUGUCCUGAAGGAAAGGCUCAUGAAAUGAUUGACCGCGGUGACAAUACUUAUGGCGGUAAAUACGUCAUCAAUCCAAGUGGUGGUCUCAUCUCUAAAGGACAUCCACUUGGUGCAACAGGUCUUGCCCAAUGUUCUGAAUUAUGCUGGCAAUUAAGAGGUGAAGCUGACAAGCGUCAAGUUCAGAACUGCAAAUUGGCACUUCAACAUAACCUUGGUCUUGGUGGUGCUGUUGUUAUUGCGCUUUAUCGUUUAGGCUUUCCAGAAACUCGUAAACAAGUUGCUCCAGCCACCACACAAACAAGUGGUAACACAAAAUCCGCAGCAAAAAAUAGCAAACUUAAGCCAACGCCAGAUGGUUUCCUUGUUUCACCACUAAUGGAAAUAUUCGAACAGGCAAUGAUGGAAGACAAAGAAAAUUUAAUUGAGAAAGUUCGUGGAAUUUAUGGUUUUCGAGUAACAAAUGGUCCAGGCGGAGCAGAAGGCUAUUGGGUUAUAAAUGCUAAAACUGGAAAAGGAAAAAUUACAUACAAUGGAACAGAAAAGCCGGACGUAACAUUUAUCAUUAAUGAUAAGGAUGUAACAGAGUUAAUCAAGGGCGAGAUCAAUCCACAGAAAGCAUUUUUCCAAGGUAAAGUGAAAAUUUCUGGCAACAUGGGAUUGGCAUUGAAGCUCGUUGACUUGCAACGUACAGCACAACAUCGCAUCGAAGAGUUGAGGGUUAAACAUAAAUUGUAA